UCAGUCGUUGUAGGUGGCAGCACCGCAUCACGUGAAUUUUCAUGGCGCUGAAGGGCUAGUCCCGAUUGUCUUGUGAUUUCACCAAAUUAUUGCUGUUUCGGGCUAUUUAUUGUUGAACAGCACAAAAUUAUACGUUCUGGUGAAAAAUGACGGAAUACUGGCUAAUCAGCGCCCCUGGUGAGAAAACAUGCCAGCAGACAUGGGACACUCUCAAUAAUGCCACCAAAAAUGGCCUUAGUGCCAACUACAAAUUCCCUAUCCCCGACUUGAAGGUGGGGACACUGGAUCAGUUGGUGGGCCUGUCCGAUGAUCUUGGCAAGCUGGAUACCUUCGUCGAAGGCGUCACCAGGAAGGUUGCGCAAUACCUCGGAGAGGUACUUGAAGACCAGCGCGAUAAGCUUCACGAGAACCUGAUGGCAAACAACAGCGAUCUGCCAACAUACCUCACUCGCUUCCAAUGGGACAUGGCCAAAUAUCCCAUCAAGCAGAGCCUGCGCAAUAUCGCCGAUAUCAUCAGCAAACAGUGCGGUCAGAUCGAUGCUGAUCUUAAGACCAAAUCGCAAGCCUACAACGCACUCAAGGGUAACUUACAGAACUUGGAGAAGAAACAAACUGGUAGUCUGCUCACCCGUAACCUGGCGGACUUGGUCAAGAAGGAGCAUUUCAUACUCGACAGCGAGUACCUUACCACGCUUCUCGUCAUCGUGCCCAAGAGGUCGAUGUUCAACGAUUGGAACGCUAACUACGAGAAGAUCACCGACAUGAUUGUACCGCGCUCCACUCAGCUCCUCUACCAGGAUAAUGAUUACGGGUUGUUUUCUGUUACUCUUUUCAAGAAGGUGGUGGAAGAGUUCAAGCUGCACGCCCGCGAACGCAAGUUCGUGGUGCGCGAGUUCUCGUACAACGAGGCGGACCUCGCCGCGGGAAAGAACGAGAUCACCAAAUUGGUUACCGACAAAAAGAAACAGUUUGGUCCUCUGGUGCGAUGGUUGAAGGUGAAUUUCUCGGAGUGCUUCUGCGCCUGGAUUCACGUCAAAGCUCUCCGUGUUUUCGUUGAGUCCGUAUUAAGAUACGGGCUGCCGGUGAACUUCCAGGCGGCCGUGCUGGUGCCGUCGCGCAAGUCCGUGAAGAAGCUGCGCGACGUGCUGCAGCAGCUGUACGCGCACCUCGACCACUCGGCGCAGCAGAGCCACGGCCAGCAGGAGAGCGCUGAAUUGGCCGGCCUCGGCUUCGGCCAGUCGGAGUACUACCCUUACGUGUUCUACAAGAUCAACAUCGACAUGGUCGACUCGAAACCAUAAGUGACACCUU